AGAUGGCGCUGAGCGAUGCCACCAGUGCCCGGAAGUAUCGAUGCCCCUCCCAAAGAUGGCGGCGGCGGCACCCAUCGGACACGUCACGGGUACAGGGACGCUCCCGGCUUCGCGGGACGGACGGCGGCCGCCCGGGGUCGCGCCCAAGAUGGCGGCGGCGUCGGGGCCCGGGCUGCCGCGGGGCCCGGAGGCGGCGGCGCUGUUCGAGGCGCACACGACGGCCGAGCUGCGCGAGGUGGAGCGGCGGCUGCGGGCGGGCAUCGAGCAGAAGCGGGAGGAGCUGCGGCAGAUGGUGGGGGAGCGCUACCGGGACCUCAUCGAGGCGGCCGACACCAUCGCCGAGAUGCGCCUCAGCGCCGAGCGCCUGCUGGGGGCGGUGCGGGGCCUGCAGCGCGGGGCGCCGGGCCCAGGGGCGCCCGGCGGGGCCCGGGGCCCCAGACUAUGCUGCACUCGCAGGAGAAGUUCUAUAGCACCGGAGCGCAGAUCAAGCUGCUGCUUGAGAUUCCAGAGAAGAUCUGGAGUGCCAUGGAGGCCUCUCAGUACUUACGUGCCACUCAUCUGUACCUGCUCUGCUGCCAUCUCCACAGCCUGCUGCAGCUGGAUUCCUCCAGUUCCCGUUACAGUCCCAUCCUUGCACGCUUCCCCAUCCUUGUACGACAAGUGGCAGCAGCCAGCCACUUCAGAUCUACUAUACUGCAUGAAAGCAAGUCACUGCUAAAAUGCCAGGCUGUUUCUGACCAAGCAGUGGCAGAGGCCUUAUGCUCCAUCAUGCUUUUGGAGGACAGCUCUCCGCGCCAAGCCCUGACAGACUUCCUGCUGGCCAGGAAGUCAGCUGUUCAGCAGCUUCUGAACCAGCCACAUCACGGUGCUGGUAUAAAAGCUCAGGUGUGUUCAUUGAUGGAGUUGCUCACCACCACCCUGUACCAAGCUCAUGCCCUGUUUUACACUCUGCCUGAAGGGGAGCCCUCAGAUCCGUCCCUGCCCUGCAGCUUGCUCUUUUCAAUGCUGGAGACCACAACAGGCCAGGAUCCAGCAGGUAAAGGCAUCAAAGUUUUGAAAGAGGAGAUGAAGCUGAGCAGCUGGUUCAAAUAUCUACCACUGUCCAUUGUAGAGUUCCAGCCAACCCUCCGAACCCUGGCACAUCCAAUCAGCCAGGACUACCUGAGAGAGACUCUUCAGAAGUGGAUUAACAUGUGUAAUGAAGAUAUCAGAUCUGGGCUUGUCAUUCUGCUGGGCUAUGUGAAGAGCCUGAAAGGCCUAGCCGGCAUCCGUGACGCUGUGUGGGAGCUGCUCACCAGUGAGUCCAUGAGCCAGAACUGGGAUACUGUGUGUCGUCGACUCUUGGACAAGCCCAUCUCCUUCUGGGAGGACUUGCUGCGGCAGCUCUUCUUGGACAGGUUACAGACCCUGAUGAAGGAAGGAUUUGACUCCAUCUCCAGCAGUUCGAAACAGCUUCUUGUCUUAGCUCUACAGGAGCUUGAAGUCAAGUCCAGCACCUCUGCCCCCAGCAAGCACAUCCAAUUUGAACACAACAUGGCUUUGUUUCUGUGGUCAGAGAGCCCCAGCGACAUGCCUUCUGAUGCUGCCUGGGUCAACGUUGCAAACCGCAGCCAAUUUGCAAAGAGUGGCCUGUCCAUGAAGGCCCAGGCUCUCACUCCCUGUGUGCAGAGCUUCUGUUCUGCCUUGGAUUCCAAACUGAAGGCCAAAGUAGAUGACCUUCUGUCCUACCUUCCCUCUGACUCUCCCACACCCAAGGAGAUAUUGGGCGUGCAGUCCAGGAACUCUGCUUUUGAUAGAUAUGCUGAUGCUGGCAUGGUAGAAGAGCUGCUCCGUGAUCACUGCAUUACCUGCAUCCAGUACGUCUUGGGCUGUGUUAGAGAAGAGCUGCAGAGCGCUGAGGACAAGCUGAAAGGACACACAGAUGCUCUGAAUGAUGCCAAACUUAAUGCCGUCCUCUUCAUGGCAAGACUUUGUCAGUCACUAGGUGAACUGUGUCCUCACCUGAAGCAGUGCAUUCUGGGUAAAUCAGGCAGCACAGAGAAUGUAAUGAAGGAGACCCGGUCUUCUAAAAAGCUGGGGAAAGGGAAAGCUCAGGAGGUGAAUCCCAUGCAGGCCAAGUGGCAGGAAGUGAAAGAACAACUCCUGCAACAGAGUCUAUUUGCAUAUCAGAUUUGGAGCUCAGCUGUUAUCAAAGUCCUGGUUCACAGUUUCACCAAAACUUUGCUGCUAGAUAAAGCUGGCUCUAUCUUAGCUACAGCCACCAACUGGGAUGAAAUUGAAAUUCAGGAGGAGACGGAAAUGGGAAGCAGCGUAACGUCAAAGAUCCGACUCCCUGUACAGCCAUCCUGGUAUGUUCAAUGCCUCCUCUUCAGCUUGUGUCAAGAAGUCAACCGGGUUGGAGGUCACGCUCUGCCAAAGCGUACCUUGCAGCUGCUGCUGAAGACCUGCCUGGCAGAAGUGCUGGCUGGCUAUGAGAAGCUUGUUGAAGAGAAGCAGGAGAAGAAAGAAGGCACGUUCCCAGUGACUCAGAACAGGGCGUUGCAGUUGCUCUAUGAUCUACGUUAUUUGAAUAUAGUCCUAACAGCUAAGAGUGAGGAAGCAAAAACCAGCAGGAGCAAGCAGGACUCCAGGAUUGAGAAGGUGACAGACUUCUUAGAAGCCAACAUUGAUCCAUUUGACUUGGAUGUUUUUACUCCACAUUUAAAUAGCAGCCUUAACCGCCUGGUGCAACGAACCUCUGUCCUGUUUGGCUUACUCACUGGGGCAGAGAAUCAAUAUACCAAUAGAAGCAAUAAUUUGAGUUCCCAGGAGCCUCACAAUAUCUUGCCCUUAGCAUCUAGUCAAAUCAGAUUUGGACUUCUACCGCUUAGUAUGUCAAGCUCUCGAAAGACUAAAUCUGCUGUUAAAAACACAGAAAAUCAGACUCAGGUUCCACCUCCUUUGGUCGUAAGAGCAGAAGAGGAAACAUUCCGCCCUGGUUCCUUGUUCAGACAGCUGGCAACGGAGGAGGAAGACACAGCUGCACCAUCCCUGUUCAAACUGGGUUGGCUCUCUAGCAUGACCAAGUGAUCUAAUAAAAAGAUGAAACACUUAA